CCCCUGCGGCGGGUGGUUGUUGUUCCGCUGCUCCGACGGGCGGGCAGUGCCUCGUCCACCGCUGCCGCGCCAGCCCCGUGUUUGCUGUGAGUCUGUGUUAUCGGUUGGGUAUCCGCCCUUGCGCUAGGGGGUGACCUCAGCACGUAUGUCGAGUAUCGGUCGUCUGGGGGUUAUGUAACGCGGCGCGGUACGUGGGAAUUGGUCAGCCAGAGCUGUCGGUGACCUGUGCCGUAGUUUGGGGCCCGGGUGUAGUCAGCUGGUCAGGAAGCAGUGGUGUGUGUUUGCGCAAGCAGCUACAAAUGGUGCUGACUCCUGCGGCGAUGCGUCGGGCUGUCUGGAUGGUCGCCGCCGCGGCCGGGGUGGUGGCCGGCGCGGCGGCCGCGCCCCAGCUGGCCCCGGGCCGGCCCGUGCUUGGUCUGCUGCCUGCGGGCACCGUGCUCCUGCCCGGACUGAGACUGGCGCACACCUCACCCGUACCCAGUGUGGCGGCCGGCCCCGCGCCGGUGACCCCAGAGCCCACGGAGCGGGUGCUGUGGAACUUCACCGUCCCGGGCGCCACGGUGGACGGCUGGACCGAGUCGUCGGACGGUACCGCUCGUCAGGCCGGCAUGUCGACCGGAGCGCUCAAACUGCAGAAGACGGCCCGGUUCCAGCGGGCGGUGAUGUUCUCACUGCUGAACCCGCAGCCGAACGGCGCCGGAUUUGUUGGCUUCGUCACCACCGGCAACUGGGACCUCUCGCAGUUCUCCGCCAUCCGACUGAGGGCGCGCGCUCAGGGCGAGAACUUCCACUACAAGGUCUACCUCAAACAUCACGGAGAGGGCGCCUCCGUCGGCGGCUCCUACGAGUCCUACUUUGAGAUGCCGCCGGGUCAGCUGACCACGGUCACCAUCCCGCUCGACUCGUUCGCCUUCUACUACCGGGGCCAGCUGGAGCCGGACGCGCCGCCGCUCGACACGACAGACAUCACCUCGUUCGGGCUGCAGAUCUACGGCGGUGUCUACUCCGAGUUCAAACAGAGCGGAGUCUCCUCGCUGGAGAUCGACUGGAUUACGGCUGCGUAGGGCGCGGGGCAGGAGCGGUCGGAGGUGACCCGGGCUGAGACGUGGUCAGGGCAAGUGGGGACACCUUAGACGGACGGUGUAAUGAUCAGAAAGUGGUCACGACCAUUUAUGAAGUGGUCACGGUCAUUUAUGAACUUUGCUUUAUUUGUGGUGGUGGAAAUGGCCUCGGCGUGUCUGAGGCAGGACGCUUGAAUCGUUGUGGGAAGGGUUGAAAUCAGGCUAGCAUUGGCCAGUACGUGUUUUAUUUUUUAUCUCUGAACAACAUACCACCAUAGCUUUCUUCAUUCAUGAUGUUCUUUUUUUAUAGUGAACAAUGUUGGCGUGAAACGAAAUAAAUCGAAGACGAAAUAUAGUA